AUGUCGCAAGGCUUUAACUGGGACCCUCUUGGUAAAGGUGUUUUCGAUGAAGAAGGACGCAUUCAGCCACUCAAUUGCAAGAAAGGAGAAGUUGCAAACAGAAUUAUCUCUGUUGGUGAUCCAAACAGAGCCAAGUUAAUGGCUGAAUCACUUGAUAAGGAUACUCCAGUCAUCAUUCGUCAAUCAAAUAUGAUCUUUUGCACAUAUACUGGCAAGUACAAAGGUGUUCCUGUUUCAAUCAUUGCAACAGGAAUGGGUUUUGCCAUGGCAGAGCUUAUGGUAGUUCAAGCUCGUGCAGUUGUUGAUGGCCCAUUAACAAUUGUCCGCUUCGGAACAUGUGGUUCACUUCAUGCAGAUGUUCCAAUUGGAUGCUUCGCAAUUGCCGAUCGUGCAUACUUUGUUCGCCAAGAUUUUGAGCGUGAAGGCUUCCCAUUCGAAUUCGCAAAAGAAUCUAUUCCUUAUGAUCGUGAACUUCAUGCCAAAGUUCUUGAAGAAUUUAAGAAAUUAACAGAGUACCGCACAGUUGUUGGUCCAGAUACAUCAGCUGAUACAUUUUAUCCAUCUCAAGGUCGUCUUGAUGAUAAUUUUGUUAUGGAGAACCAAAAAGUUAUUCCAACACUUCUUGCUCAAGAUAAGGAUGCUCUCUCAUUUGAAAUGGAAUCCUAUCUUCUUGCAUUUCUUGCUUACAGAUUCCCACAAGCUCAAAUGAAGACAGCUGCUGUCUGCCUCACUCUUGCACAGAGAACAUCAGGAGAUUUCCUUGAUAAUGCUCGUAAGAUGGCUAUGGAAAAGGCAGCAUGCCAUGCACUUCUUGAAAUCUUAUCAAAAUGCUAA